CAUUACAUCAUGUUUGUGAGAUCUAUUAUGUGAUUCCACGAAGUAUUUUUACUAUCUGUAUGUCUCUAAAGACCUUUAAAUAUACUUUUCUUUUAAACUACUGCUAUAACAAAAAAGUUUUCGUGCAUUUUAAAUCACGUGUUUAAUGCAACAACAAAGAGGAAAAACGUCCACACAGAAGAUCCAACAGCGCCACCCAGUGGUUGCUGACUUUGAUGAGGAACCAGAAGGAUCCUUCUCAAAGACUGCGGAGGUUCUGGAGUCUCAACAUGAUUGGCAACCGCUUUGUGGCUCUGUUCGUUUUAUACUUCACAGCUGGCUCUGGGACCACAGUGUAUGACGAGUACGAUGACUUUGUAGAAGACUACGCUCCUCACCUAGACUACAACCAUCCAAACUGGUGCCAUUCGCCGGGUCUGACCAAUGGAGAGGUGACCUGCCGCUCCCCUCGAGGCCCCGCCUUCAGGAGCACGCUGGGCACCCGCUGUGAGAUGAGCUGCGACCGAGGAUACCGGCUGCUGGGGAGGAGCUCCAUCGAGUGCCUCGCCAGCAGGCGCUGGUCCGGCACCGCCUACUGUCGCAAGGUGCGUUGCCAUCUGCUGCACCUCAUUCCACACGGCAGGUACACCUGCACCCAAGGCUUCGUGGUGGACUCCAGGUGCGACUUCACCUGUGACCCCGGCUAUCGCAUCGCGGGGCAACACUCGCGCACCUGCCAGCGCAGCGGCUCCUGGAGCGACGCACAGCCCGUGUGCGAAGAUACCGACCCGCCAAAGAUCAGGUGUCCUCCGUCCAGACUUAAGGCCGCCGAGCCUGGAAAACUCACUGCUGUGGUGACCUGGGAUCCCCCCGCUGCUACAGAUACCGCAGAUAAAUCACUCAAUGUGAAAUUGGUGGGCCAGGAACCAGGCACCGACUUUAGCGAGGGAGCGAGCAUCAUACAAUACAAAGUGUACGAUCAAGCCAGAAACAGAGCGGCCUGCAAGUUCAUCGUGCGCGUUGAGGUGAGAAGGUGCCCGGAGCUGGCUGCGCCUCAGCACGGCUUCCUCACCUGCUCCUCUGACGGGAAUAACUACGGCGCGGCAUGUGAACACCACUGCGAGGGAGGAUAUGAACGGAGGGGCCCGUCUAGUCGCGUCUGCCAGUUCAACCGCAGCUGGGCGGGAAACGCCGCCGAGUGUGUUCCAAUGGAGAUUAAAUCAGACGUAAAGACGGCUUCCGAUCUCCUGGAUCAGUUCUAUGAAAAGAGGAGGCUGCUGAUCGUGUCUGCGCCCAACGUGUCGGACCCGGACUAUCAGCUGCAGAACACCAUGAUACAAAGAUCCGACUGUGGAUUAGAUCUGCGCCGUGUCACCGUCAUCGAGCUGCUGGGCUCCCCACCCCAAGAGACGGGACGCAUUAAAGACGGUCUGCUCAGCUCUGAAGCCAUCCAAGGGUUGAGGCAAGUGUUCAGGAUCUCCAGCUUCUACUUCAGCAUGUUGCUGCUGGACGAGCUCGGGCUGGACAGAGAACGCUUCAUCACGCCGCAGGCGUCCCAUGAGCUGUUCCACUACAUCGACAGCUUCCUGCUGGACGAAGAGGAGCGAGGGAGACUUGCGCGCCAGAGGGAACUCUGCGACUGAUUCAAUAAACCUCCCCUGGUUGCCACGGCGAUAAACUCAUCAGGUUCACUAAACACGUGGGGGAGGAGGACGACGACAAACGACCCCCACACCAGGUCCAGAGGGACAUUAGGAGGGGAAGGAGGCAGUGAAAUGCAAUCACUUAACACUGAAGGUUUAGCAACUGUUUUCUCUCAAAGAAUACAGAAAAUGGACGUCACAGCUGCACAAAAGUAAAAUGCAUGAUCAGAAAAUUGAAUAUAUGUUUAACCGAAGACCAUGAGGUUGGAUACAUGAUGUGCAUUAGUAGAUCUGAUAUUCAAUGACAGACUACCGUGGAAGCUCUUCAAUGUUUUUAAAUCCAGCUGGUUUGGACAAAAAAAAGUUUUUGACUUUAGUACAAUUUUUAUUGGGUGAACAGAACAUUAAUAGAAACCUUGAGGUACAUGCGACUGAUCACACUUAAGAGUUAGAAAUCUACAUAUAAAUCAGCAAAUAGACAGAUUUAAUCAUUUAAAAUAAGUCUUUUCUUGUAACUAAUAUAAAUAAAAUGCUUACAGAAUGGUG